AUGAAGGUCGUGUUUUUGAUAUGCCUUUAUCUUAAGUUAAAUUUAGUAUAUUGUGAAUCAAAUUGUAAAAAUUUCAAGACAUGUAGUGGUUGUAUAGGAUACAAUCUAGACAAGUGUGUUUGGUGCUCUGCUAAAGAACACGAUGAUCGACGUUGCCAAACUUUAGAGUAUGCUGAAAAAAACAAUGAUUGGUGCAAGGAAAACUACUAUAAUCCCCCAGAGAUUUCAAAUUUCAAUGUCGUUCAAAAUGACACAUUUAAUGUCGGUUUAAAUGGAGCAAAAGUAGUGCAAUUUACGCCUCAAAUAUUACAAAUAAAAGCACGUCCUAAUGCAUUAAUUCCUUUCAAAAUGAACUAUAAACCUGCUAAGGAUUAUCCAUUUAGAUAUAUACUAUGUCAUGGACUACUCUGCCACAAUGAAGAAGCAUACGAAAACACUAAUUCGGCAAGCUAA